UGCUGCUGCGGCCCGGGGAGCUGCAGGCGGCGGCAGUAGCGGCGCUUCCUUCUCGUCAGCGGCCACCAUGCAGUUUAUGUUGCUUUUUAGUCGUCAGGGGAAGCUCCGACUUCAGAAAUGGUAUGUCCCACUAUCGGACAAAGAAAAGAAAAAAAUCACAAGGGAACUUGUUCAAACAGUUUUAGCCCGUAAACCCAAAAUGUGCAGCUUUUUGGAGUGGCGAGAUCUGAAGAUUGUCUACAAAAGAUAUGCUAGCCUGUAUUUCUGCUGUGCUAUUGAAGAUCAGGACAAUGAACUAAUUACCCUGGAAAUAAUUCAUCGUUACGUUGAACUACUUGACAAAUAUUUUGGCAGCGUGUGUGAACUUGAUAUCAUCUUUAAUUUUGAGAAGGCUUAUUUUAUUUUGGACGAGUUUCUUUUGGGAGGAGAAGUUCAGGAAACAUCCAAGAAAAAUGUACUUAAAGCCAUCGAGCAGGCAGAUCUGCUACAAGAGGAAGCCGAAACCCCACGUAGUGUUCUUGAAGAAAUUGGACUGACAUAAGCCAUCUCCCAUGUUGAUGACAUCACGUGGUCUCACAUACUGUAGAUGUUCACUGCCUUCAUGUCAAUGUUUAGCUAAUGGUGUAAGAUGCUGUUUGUCAGUAUUACUGUUUUGCUAAGCCGCUUCAUUCAGGCCUACAUAAAAACACUCCACUUUUUCAAAAGGGAAUAAAAAGUAUUAAUCAAAAAAUUUUAAAGGGACUUAAAUGUUAACUAAAACUUGAUGCAGGAGAUAACUUCAGUAUUCUUAAAGGUUCAAUUAUGUCAGUUUCCCAUUAAUUUUAUUUGUAUGUGAUAAUUAUGAAUAUACACAUAAAAAUCACAAACAGGAAGCACAUCUGUUGGUAUUACUGCAUUGAACUGAAAGGAAGCUAACAUUUGUAUCAAUUCAAAAGUUAAUUGUAAUAAUGCUUCAGAAUGGUUUCAUGCAACCAAAGACUAGUGUUACAUUUCAGUAUUUAUGGGAAUGAGAAAAAUUGACUGAUUUUACAUAUCAAAAUGAUUGAAAUUUUAACAUUACCGCAGAAACUUAAACAUACAUAUGUAUACCAAAGAUACUUAUUGGGAACUACAUUAUCUUAAACUGGUAACUUAUUGAAAAAAAAUGUACAUUUCUGAGACUAAAGGGAUAUUACAUUAAAGGGAAUACAGGUUACUUGAAUUGUAACAAUCCUAUUUUACAUUGACCAUUAGUUGAAGGCAGGAAUUUGAACUGAAGAUAUUAUACUCCAAUAUGAGCACAUAAUGUACAUUAUGAAAAUGGGUUAAAUGUUAUUUUCUAUGUAAGAUUCCUUUUAAGCAUAAUUUUAAAACUUAAAUGGAUUAUUUUUUUCUCAACUCCCCCAAUACAUUAUACUGCCACUAUUUACCUCAUUUCUUCAUGGGCUAAGGAAAACAUCUACUUAAAAUAGGAUGUUAUAAAAGUGAUUGCUAUCUCAACACAAAGUAUCACAUGGCUGUUUCCUCCAGUAUUGGUAGUAAGUUAUUCUAGUUAAAUUUUCCAUAUACUUUUUUAUGCUGUACCUACCACUAAUUUAUGACAUGUCUCCUUUCAUGCCGCCUCUUAAUCAGAAAAUAUUCAUGUAAAAAUAUUAGCUGGAAGAGGUAAAGUGGCAAUAGUGGGAUUUAUUUUUUAAAGCUGCCAUAAUUCCAUUUCAGUACCAUUUUCAUAUGUAUUUAAACAUGUCUUCAAGGUUUACAUUUUCACUUAUUUGUAUGUGUUUGGCUGGAUUAAGCUUUGUAAUUGUGACCAAUAUUUAGGCUGUGACCAUUGUCUUAUCACAUACAUUAGUUGUAAUAAAUGUCCACUCUUA